CCUCAGCAUGGAAACACAGGUUACUCUAAAUGUAACCAAAGGUUACUGUAUCUCACCCACGCAAUCAGUUCUAGUCCCACAACAUGGAACCACAGGUUACUCUAAAUGUGAUUUCUAAAAAUAAAACUCAAAGUUUUCUGGUCUCAGAUCCAGAAAUUACAACUUGGGCUGAUGUUGAAGCUAUGGUUAAAGUUUCAUUCGAUCUGAACACUAUUCAAAUAAAAUACCUGGAUGAGGAAAAUGAAGAGGUAUCCAUUAAUAGUCAAGGAGAGUAUGAAGAAGCACUUAAGAUGGCAAUAAAACACGGGAACCAACUGCAGAUGCAAGUGCAUGAAGGUUACCAUGUUGUUGAUGAAGCUCUACCGUCAGAAGUAGCAGAAAAACAACCAGUUUUAAGGGCAGGGAAAAAACCACUUGCACCUUAUUCUUCACUGAUGAGAGUCUUGGGAUCAGACAUGAAAGUGCCACAGGUUCCUGCAGCACAGCAGUUUCCAUUUGCUCCAUGUGAUGCAAACCAGCCUCAGGACAAGCCCCCAGACUGGUUCACAAGCUACCUAGAAACAUUCAGAGAGCAGGUGGUUAAAGAAACGGUUGAGAAGCUUGAGCAGAAAUUACAUGAGAAGCUGGCCCUCCAGAGCCCAUCCUUGGGUUCCUGUGCCUCGGAAGUCUCAAUGCCUAUUUCAGAAGAAACGCUGUUCUUGCCGGAAAACCAGUUCAACUGGCAUAUUGCUUGCAGCAGCUGCCAAAGGAAGAUCAUUGGUGUGCGGUAUCAAUGCAGUUUAUGCCCCUCUUACAAUAUCUGUGAAGAUUGUGAAUCAGGCCCAUAUGCCCAUGACUCUAACCAUGUUCUGCUAAAGUUGCGAAGACCUAUUAUGGGUUCCUCUGAACUAUUCUCUCACUCAAAGUACUCUGCUCCUCGUCUUCCUGCUGCUCUGGAACAAGCCAGACUCCAGAAACAGGUUGACAAGAACUUUCUUAAGGCAGAGAAGCAAAGAUUGAGAGCUGAAAAGAAACAGCAUAAAGCAGAGGUCAAAGAACUGAAAAAGCAACUUAAACUCCAUAGGAAGAUUCAUCUGUGGAAUUCUAUCCAUGGGCUCCAGAGCCCCAAGUCUCCUUUGGGCCGACCAGAGAGCCUGCUGCACUCUAACACCCUGAUGCUCCCUUUGCAGCCCUAUGCCCCAGUUAUGCCAACCCUCAGUGCAGCAUUUGUGGAUGAGAAUUUGCCUGAUGGGACUCACCUUCAGCCAGGUACCAAGUUUACCAAACACUGGAGGAUGAAAAAUACUGGAAGUAUAAAGUGGAAUGCAGACACAAAGCUUAAGUUCAUGUGGGGAAACCUGACUUUGGCUUCUGCAGAAAACAAGGGUAUUUUGGUUCCCUGCCUGAAGGCUGGCCAUGUGGGAGUUGUAUCUGUGGAGUUCAUUGCCCCAGCCUUGGAGGGAACAUACACUUCCCACUGGCGACUUUCUCACAAAGGCCAGCAGUUUGGACCUCGGGUUUGGUGUAGUAUCAUAGUGGAUUCUUUCCACUCCUCAGAGAGCCCUGAUAACAGCAAUAAGGACAUGGUCAGCUCAAGUGAAACUGAUAAUCUGACCUAUCAGCAAGAGGAAACUUUUCUUCUAGCUAAAGAGGAAAUUGAGCUUGGUGAAGCAGCUCAGCAGACAGAAGGAACAGAAAGCUGUAACCCACAGAAGACAAAAAAUGUUUCCAGCGAGAGGGAGCUCUACAUCCCAUCUGUAGACCUUCUGACAGCCCAGGACCUGCUAUCCUUUGAGCUGUUGGAUAUAAACAUUGUUCAAGAAUUGGAGAGAGUACCCCACAACACUCCUGUGGAUAUGACUCCCUGCAUGUCUCCUCUGCCACAUGACAGUCCCAUAAUAGAGAAGCCAGGCUUGGGGCAGAUACAGGAAGAGAGUGAAGGGGCGGGAUUUAAAGAACUUCCUGAUUCCACAGAAGUAAAGAGGAGAGCUGAGAAUAUUACAUCAGCCGAAGAAGUAGAAGAUGACCUGAGUGGGACACAGUUUGUGUGUGAAACUGUAAUCCGAUCCCUUACUUUGGAUGCUGCCCCAGAUCACAACCCACCUUGCAGGCAGAAGUCCCAGCACAUGACAUUUGCCCCACCUGAAGAGGGACCAGUUGAGGAUGAGAAGGAAGAAAUUGUCCAUAUUGUUGAGGAAGAAACCAUAGAAGAGGAAGAUGAGUUCAAAGAUGAAGUUCAGAGUCAGUCUUCUACUUCUUCAGAGGAUUACAUCAUCAUCCUGCCAGAGUGCUUUGACACCAGCCGCCCCCUGGGGGACUCCAUGUAUAGCUCGGCGCUCUCACAGACAGGCCCGGAGCAAGGGGCUGAAGAGCCUGGGGUUGAGGCUGGGCAGGAACCUGUUGAGACAGAGGAGAAACCCUCAGGAGGGCAGAACCUUCUGGAGGGGCACAGCAUCAAUGACAUCCUCAUGACUUCACAGACUCUGGACACAGUGCCCCUAACCCCUGAGGUGGCAGGGCCUCCACCACAGCUGCCCAGGAGCCUUCAUGCACAGCAUCAUGGUUUCCCAGGAUUGGAUUUUCCAGCUACCAUAACAGAAGUUUCUUCAGUCGCUGAUCAGAUCAGAGGAGAGUCCAGAGGCUCAUCAGGACAUGUAAACAGCAGACAGAAGAGCUAUGACCCUUCAAGGUGCAGACAGAAGAGCUGUGAUCACUCAAGGCACCACCAUCAUGGGAAUAGUAUUGCUGGAGGGCUGAUGAAGGGGGCUUUGUCUGUUGCUGCCUCUGCAUACAAGGCCCUGUUUGCUGGGCCACCAGUCACUGCACAGCCAAUAGUUUCUGAAGAUCAGACGGCAGCCCUGAUGGCCCACCUCUUUGAAAUGGGAUUCUGUGACAGGCAGCUAAACCUAAGGCUGCUGAAGAUGCACAAUUACAACAUCCUUCAAGUGGUAACAGAACUCCUUCAGGUCAACAACAAUGACUGGUACAGCCAGCGCUACUGAGGAGUGACCAUGUAUUAAAUUUCUUUGCCUGCUGCUCAGAGAUGAUCUUUAUUCUAUCAUUGGGGUGUGGGGGGUAGAAGCCCUUGCUUAUUUUCUAAUCUAAUGAAUAUAUAUAUCCCAUCAUUGAAUUAUCAAGACAAUACCUGUAAUACAGUAUUUUGAGGAGAGCAAAUCAAAGACUAACUUAAAUUUAGGCAUUGGGUGAAUAGCAGGAAGACGGUUUUUUAGUUAAUUUGGAUAAAAUGUCUUACUCCAUUUUACUACAUUGAAGAGUAUAACUCAAACUUCUUUAGAGCCAUUUUUCCUUUCUGCUUGUAUUUGAGUGUUUUUCUUUUGCUAAUGUGGAUGUUGGGGCCAGGUUUUUUUUUUUAAAGAAAUUUAAUCUUUGGCUGUUUUUUGUUGUUUUCAAGAAUUAUUCUCAUAAUUUCUCUAACCUGUUCCCAAGGCUUAUAACUAUAGGAUUGAAAUGAUAACCCAGUGCAUGGUAGGUGUUAUCACUCUUCCUUUCCAAAAGAGAAAGCCAUUUCCUGCAAGAGUUAGCAAUCAGCAUUGUUACUGUCUUUAAGUCCCAUAAUGCAUUUUAAAAUAAGCACCUUCUGGGUCUCUACACUUCAGUGAAAGCAGGGAGGCGUGUGCUAAUUACACUUAAUGAGCAGCACAUAAUGAGCAAUGUCUUGUAAUUUUGCGUAAUUGCCUUUUAUUUAUGAAAAGUCUAAGGUAGUGUGACAUUUUGCUAAUUGUAGAGGGGGAAACCCCUAUUAAAAGGAAAAGUAAAUUUGACACUUCUUUAUAUCAAGACAGACCUUAUUUAGAGUAGGAUGGGGAAAAUAGAACGAUGAAAAAGUGAAAGGCAGGAAGUUCUUGUGUAUGGGGGGAAAUCCUGAUGAUUUCUUGGCUGAUUUGUUCAAAGGAAUCUAGUCCAAAAGGACACUUUUGAAAAGCCUAGGGUGGGAUAAGUUCACUGAAAAAUGUUUUGGUUUGAUUCCAGGAAAAGAAUACUCCCAAGGGGUCAAGUCCUCUGUACAGUAGGGAGUCAGUUGGUGAAGGAAAAAAAAAACAAACCACUACAGAUGUUAUUCAUAAAAAUGAUUUCCAGAAUAAGUAUCAUACCCCCACCCCCAAAGGGGGAGGAUAUUAAAAUAGUAUUUAACCUGGUUAGUAUUUAUAGUGAAUGGUGGUUUUAAUUAAUCAUUAGCCAUAAUGUUUAUUUUCAGUAUAACUCUUGAAUGCUGUUAAGUGAGGAUUCUGACCGCAGACUCAUUAUUUAAAACAUUUUUGUCUGGGCUUCUGGGUAGAGGCUGAGUGGCAGGAUGUGUGUGUAAUUAAUCGGGUCGAUUUCAGACGGGACCGGUCGUGAUUAUUUGAGUUGUAAGGGUCCAGUCGUCGGUCCCGAUGUACUUGUACAUAACCACUUAAAGAAUGGUGAAAUAAAGGUUCUUUAAAACGCC